AUGCAAGAAACUGUAAAAUCCCAUUGUGAAAAAUAUGAUGAAUUAAAAAAGAAAGAAAAAGUAACGGAAACUGCAAUUCCAUCUAAAUUACAAGAGGAAAGAAAAGAAGAAGAAGAAGAAGAUGAUGAUCUUGAAGAAGAAUCAAGUGAUGAAGAUCUUGAUGGUGAAAAUGAUCUAGAAGAUCUCGAUGAAGAAGACGUAACUGAUGACGAUAUGGCUGAAAUUGAUCCUUCAAAUAUCAUAGGAUUUUCUCGGACAUUUGGGAAAAGAGUAGAUUAUCUAAAAGAAGCUGACAAUGAUGAUAUUCUUGAUGAUGAUGAAGAUGACGAGGAUUUUGAUGCACCUUUAGAUGACGUUUAA